AUGUCAAGUUUACAGGACCAAAUUGAUGCAAGGAAACGAAGGUUAGCAGAGCUACGAAGCAAGCGGAAUAAUGCUGCUUCUUCUUCAGAUAAACACGAUGAACGCGAGCACAAGAAGAGUAAGAUUAGACCGGUGAGGCGAGACUUUGACAUCGUGAAGCAAGAAGUGGCAGCCCAGUCGACGGAUAAAUUGCGGAGCCUCACGGUUGAGACGUCAUCUACACAAUUCAAGAAACAAGCAGGCGAUGAGGCCGAAAGAAGUGAUGAAAUAGUAACGGGCUCUGAGAGACCUUCGAGCACUAAGGCCAAGCAUAAUGGGGGAAUUGAUGCAAUGAGAGCAAAAGUAGAGAAAGAUUUACGAGUGUUGGAUAGGCGAACAAAUGAGGAGAUCAGGAGAAUAGUUCGACGGGAAUUUAUGCAAGACGCUUUGACAAAGAAUGGGUAG